AUGUUCUCGAUGGGCAAAUCUCACCAGUAUCUCGAGCUGAACUACAAUCGCAUCUACGAAGUGUUUCAUUGGUUUCUGAAAAUUAGCCUGCUGCGCAUCUUUGACGAUGACUUUCUGGUGGCCCCCGUACCGACCACUUUGUUUCAGUUUCACGAAACGGAGCUGGUCGUUUCGCUCGGUGUCAUUCUGCUGCAUGCGUACUGCUACCGGAACGAUCUCGACACAAUCAUACUGAGCGUGUCGGCGUUUGUGUCCGCGUUCGAGCUGAUGCUCAAAAUCAACGGCAUGGUCUAUCGGCGCAAACAGAUCGCGGCGAUGAUCCGUACCGUGCUGAGCGAUCGCAGCUAUCUGGACGGUCCGAUCGAGGCUGCCAUCUGCGGGAAGUAUCUGCGCUUAGCAAGAAAGCUCUUGCUGGUCACAAUCCUGUCCUACCUGACGACGGGCGCAAUGCUGCUAAUCUAUCCCGUGCUGUCGGGUGGGCUCGCCGACCGAACACUUCCACUGGGCUAUUCGAUACCGUUUGCUGACUACCGCACGCAUCCCUGGUAUCUGAUCAACUAUCUGCUGCAGAUCGUGCAGGUGCACUGGGUGGCGCUGGUGUUUGCCGGGCUAGAUGGUCCCUUCUAUCUGUUUGUGUGCUACUCGGCCUCCCAGCUGGAGAUAUUGAUUGUGUAUCUGCGCCAAAUUGGUGAAAGUCCCGAUAAUGUGCAGGAGCAGCGGCGAUUGAUGCGGAAGGUAUUUGAAAUCCAUACCGGACUUUCUCAAUUCGUUGCUCGAUGUUCCAGCAUCUACCGGGAGGUGUACCUGAUGCAGGUGCUCUGCUCGAUCGUCCACAUCUGUGUGUCGUUAUUUCACAUUCAGAUCAAGCUCAAAAAUGGUUCAUACGGCAUGCUGCUGACUAAUGUGAACAAAAUAUGGCUAUUCUGCUACUGUGGUGAGCUGGUCGUGAGCAAGGCGGCCGAGUUCAGUACCGGCGUGUACGCGAAUCAAUGGUACCGGCUGUGGAACCGGCGGGAUCUGCAGGACAUUCUGUUUAUGCUGCGGAACGCCCAGCGCAACUAUGGCUUCAGCAUCGGCGGGUUUGGCUUUCUGUCCUUUGCCACCUUUACAGCGGUUAUGAAAACUGCCUACAGCUGUAACGCCUUCCUGCACCGGGUGAUGAACUGAAGGUACGGCUUUAACGACCGUCAAAAGGAUACAAUCAUUGCUUAACCACCUUAAGGAUUGGCACCGUA